AUGACAUUCAAGCUACUAGUUAUCAAUCCUAAUAGUUCAGAAUCAGUUACGGCGAAUUUGAAGCCUGUUUUACCCAAGGCAAACGACGUUGUUUGGGAAUUUUAUACUGCUCCUCCAGCCGCGCCAAGAGAGAUCACUGGAAAGCAGACAUCGAUCGAAUCAGAACAAAUCGUUUUGGAAGAUAUUAAGCAAAAAGAACUUUACAAAACAUACGACGGCUUUAUUGUCGGUUGUUAUUCGAGUCACCCAUUGAUUACAUCGUUGAGUAAAUUGGCUAGAAAGCCUGUGAUGGGUAUUAUGCAAGCAACUUUGGUCUAUGCUCUUGCAAAUCCGCAAGUGACCAAACUGUUUAUCUUGACGAGUACUACGGAAUGGGAGCCUUUACUAGAUGAAGGCAUACUUGAUUUUGUAGGUGCCAGUGAGUUCCCCAGCCGCAAAUUCCUGAAAACCCGCGGACUCGAUGUCAGCGUUACUAGUUUGGCAAAUGAGGAAGAGUAUUCCAAAAUUCGAGAUAGACUUUGCAGUAUACUCGCGUCUGAUGAAUCUUACAAGGACGUCGAUUGUGUUCUUCUUGGCUGUGCAGGGUUAGCCGGGCUCGAUGCAAAGUUGGCAGCUGAUUUCCCACAUAUACGUUUUGUCGAUAGUGUAAAAGUAGCUGGUACCAUGCUUCAUAGCCUUGCACAAUACGAGUCGCAGUAA